AUGGCUAGUCUAAGCUUGAGAGAGAAUGUUGCAAUCAUAUCCAACUACACCAGCAAAAGGGAUCCAACCACUUCUCUGCCGGAGCUUCGAUUUUUUGGUAGGGAGGAGGAACGAGCACAUAUAUUCAAACUAUUGACCAAUGAGGCCAGAAAUUCUGAUGCCACACCGGGAAUAGUCCCUAUAGUUGGGAUGGGCGGUAUUGGAAAGACAGCUUUGGCUCAGCUGCUAUAUGAUGAUGUCAAAGUGACUAGAUGUUUCGACAAGAAAGCAUGGGUUUGUGUUUCCGAUAAUUUUGAUGUUUUCAACAUAACAAAGAAUAUUUUGCACUCGAUCACCAUGGAGUCCUUGAAGGAUGAAUAUCUUAACGAGCUUCAAAAUAAGUUGAGGGACAGUCUAUCUCAGAAGAAGUUUCUUGUGGUUUUAGAUGAUGUCUGGAAUGACAACUACGAAAGAUGGACUACCCUUUUAAGGCCAUUUAAAGGAGGGGCCAAGGGAAGCAAGAUCAUUAUCACGGCUCGCAACCUUCCUGCUUUUCUUGAAAAAGAAGCUUCACUAUGUGUUUUAAAGGAGUUGCCCCUCAAUGAUUGUGCAAGCUUAUUAGCCUUUCAUGCUUUUGAAGAAGCAAACUUUGAGAGCCACCCAGAAUUGGAAAAAAUAGGCAAGAAUAUAGCUGAAACAUGUAAAGGUUUACCUUUGAUAGCGAAGAUGUUGGGCGGUGCCCUACGUAAUAGAAGGGAACUCGUAUUUCCUAAGGGUUAUGAAAUUGAGAGGGAUGAGUUGGUGCUCUUAUGGAUAGUGGAGGGAUUUUUAGAUCAACAAAAAACAAACGAGAAUAACUUGAGAUUAGGAUGGAGUUACUUCAAUGAGUUAGUGUCUAGAUCAUUUCUUCAACAAUCAAGUGUUGAUGCAUCUAAGUUUUCAAUGCAUGAUCUUUUGAAUGAUCUAGCAAAGUCAAUUGAGGGUGGGACAUGCUUCACCUCUGGAGAGUUUCAACUAGCAACUAAUGAAGAUGAUCUUGAGAAAGUUCGUUAUGCAUCAUUCAUCUCAUCACAAUACCAUGGUGAUUUGCAUUGGCAAAAUCUCUUGGGAGGAUCGCAUUCGGCCGUUGCUGAGAAUUUGGAUGUGGUUGAGGCGCUUAUUCAAGGUCUGGUCUUGUUCCACGGAGCAAUUCUAAUGGUUAGUCACGAUGAGCAUCUAAUAGCUAGAAGCUUGGAUGAGGUCUGGUGGUUUCACAAGGUUAGUCACGAUGAGCAUCUAAUAACUGGAAGUGCAGACGAGCUAUUGGUGGUUUCUUAA